CUAUGCUCAAUGAUAUUUAAGCAGUGGUUUUAUCUUCAACUUGAUUUAGUCAUUGUUUGGAAGAGCUGGGAGGAUGUUGGUGUUGCUAUUGAUUGUGUCAACUCUAAUGGACAACUCUAAUGGCCAUCCAGUGUAUAUCCUAAUAUCCCCCGGCAGAAACUUGGAUAUGAACGAGGCUGUACUGUACCACAGUGAACCAAUCGAAGCACUACCUUUCGUAGAAGAUCCCGCCAAGAUCUACGCUUCAAAUGACAUAUUCGGCGAUGUCCACAAGUUGGUGAUUGGAGUGCAGAAUUUUGUGCAACAUCCGCCGAGUUCACUGUACAGUGCCUUCAACCAGCUGCAGACCAACACACAGAAGGUCGACAAAAGGCAGAAGCAGAAGCCUUUGGGUCAGAAGGUGACUUUUGACCCCUUCGGAAGUCUGGCCUUAACGCUGGGCUGGUCGGCUGGGUUUCAGGUGUCCAAUAGCUUGAGCUUCAGGCCCAUCAAACUUCCUAAGGGUUAAAGUAACUUGGCCUAAAAAAUACUGUUACAUACCUUUAGGCAGUCGCUUAAAAUUAUAAAUUGAAUCUGAAUAAAUUUUUAUAUAAGAACACGA